CCAAAGAGAUGUUGACUGCCAGAAGCUGUUCAACGAGAUAUUUGGCCGACAAAGUCACAGGAGAAAUGAAAACGAAUGGAUUAAAUAUUCUGGUAACUUGACUAAGAAUAAUUCGCUUGGUGCAAGUUUGAUCAAGAAAUCCACGAGUAUGAAAAUACAUUAUCGCACGACCACUGACCAAAUUUUUUUUUAUUGAUUUUAGCAUCUACCAGAGAGAUCGCACAUGUGCGUGAUCUGUAGGUUUCCUGGCACUUCAAAUUUUCUAGAGACUGAAGAGAGGCUUCAGGAAUUCGCUCAAUCUCCCAGAACUGUAUUUCCAGAUUUGUAUCAGUCAGUGGAAACUUGAAGUGAAGAACAACAAGCUGAGUUGAAGCUUGGGUUGUUAUUUCAAACUUCAGAGAGCAUCGCCGCUUCGAACGGUUAGAUCAGUGGCUUGAGAGUUCUGGUUUGGAUUGGAAAGUCACAAGCGACUUACGGCUUCUAUAGGAAUGGAACAAUGCUCCCGCUGAAAGUCGAAGUGUCGAACACAAACUUCAGAAAUAACUGUGUCAAGCAAAACUGACUUUCUGAAAAUUGCCGAUGUUUUAUACUAUUAUUAAACUAAGUAUGAGAUGUUUUUCCGCGAAACAAACAUUUGCUAGGGUUGAAGUCACGUUCAUAUAGAGAUUGACACAAAUUUGUAGCGGAUGAAGAAGCAAAUGGCAGGUUCAUAGUGGUUCAAAUUAUUAAGAUAAGGUUUGGUUUCUAUCUGAAUGGAAUGUUUUGUCCUAUAGGCAAAAUUUCCACUUCACUUUGCACUCAACAUUUAUUUUACAGAUGAUGCACUCGUAAAUGAUAACGUAUUAGCAAUAUUAGCAUAAUCAUCAUUUCGGAUUUUCUGAAAAAAACAAACUUGGAACCUGAUUUUGUUUAUUAAAUCAGCGAGUCAACAACCUAUAAAAGUACCACCGAAAGAUUUUGGAUCAUCAGUACUACCACAACCGAGUUCUAAGUAGUCAACAAUAAAAAGUUAUUCAAAUAGAAAAAUGAGUAAAAUUGUGCUAAUUCUCCUCGUGGCCAUGUUCAUGGCAAUUGCCCUUGUCAAAGCUAACCCAGUACCAGAGGCAGAACCACACUUUGGUCUAGGCUAUGGUGGCUUUGGAGGUGGCUAUGGAGGCUUUGGAGGCUACCGAGGUUAUGGAGGUUACGGAGGCUAUGGAGGCUAUAGACGUUAUGGAGGAUUUGGCGGUUUUGGAGGAUACGGUGGAUACGGUGGAUAUCGGUCAUAUGGAUGGUACUGAUUCUUAUGUAAUUUUCACCAUGAUCCUCGUGAUUCAAGAUUUCGUUUGAUUGUAUUAUAUUUUUAAAUUUUAUUAAAAAAGUAUCGAUUAA